AUGCCUACGGUCUCCUCCAGUUCCGCCGUCCGCACCAGCACCGGCCACUUCAGCCUUGCUCUACGCGCCCGGCACGUCCUGGUCGCGGGAACGGCGUCCGAGAACGUUCGUAGCAUCAAGGGGCGACUCCCAGAAGGCGUGGACGUGAUCCUCGACUCCGACUUGGUCAUCGCGCUCUCUGGAGUGGUCGACACCGUCAAAAUCCCAGGCCAUGUCAUAGAACGGUCAGCUGUUGCCAGGCAUAUUCUAGACUACCUCAGGGUGAACGCAGGUCAGCUGGGCCUGAGCACAAUCUCAAAUCUCUAUGUCGACGAAGACGAUGGUCGCGCGAAGUUCUCUCUCAGCUCGUCUCGGCCAUUGCGUGCCGCGACAGAAAUGGUCUGCUUGCGAUUGGUCUCCAUCGAUGUUGGACUCGCAUGCAAGAUGGUCGUACGAGGCGGGAAAGACUCACCGGAAGCGGCUUCCCUUUUCUCUGGUCAGGCGUAUCUCCCUCUCUUCUCGGCGCUGGACGACGUAUUGGAGAAAUUCGUCUCAAAUGACCUCGUCAGGCGGUACCCUCUGAUUUUUGGCCCCUGGCGCGAGGUGGGUGUGUAUAUGCUAGCACCGCAGUUCUGCAACUCGUUAUAUGCGCAGAAACUUGACUUAGAGGCGCGUCUAUACCCCUCGCUUUCUCGGUCACUCAUGGACAUUGCGCGGUCUUCACCUGAUCCAUCUUUCAAGAGGCGGUUCUGGCGAUCGAUGGACGUACUUGGGACACAACAUGACAGUCGUGUCAGAAGUGCCAAGCAGGCGAUGCGAGACUGUUUGGGCGACGAUGCGAUCGACGAUGGUGACAGAAUGAAUGCAAGAGAGGACUCUGAUAUGUUGAGGUACUCCAUGGAAACGCUAUUCAGGCGCGGGACGAGGCCUGUAGUCUUCAAGGGGCUGCGCGCGACUGCCAAGGCGGUAUACAAUGAGGACGACGACGACGAUAUGUUUGACCUGUCGGGAUAUACACCAACGUGUACCGAGACCGGUUUCGAGGAUGCUCUAGACGACGAAGAUGUGGACCCGUGGCCAGCUCCAAGUGAUGUCGAUGAAGAUCCAUUUGAGUUAGACUCUGACGAGGAAGUCAUCGAACUGUGGUCAACGCCGCAAUGCAGCCUAUUUAUGAACGAUGAUCCCGAAGAAGACGUCGUCCUUUCAGACGAAGACUUGGAAUAUCGCAUUCUAUCCACCGAGGACGACUCUAGAGAUCUUGAAACGAGUCUCAGCUCGACGAAUUUGCUCCGUGAUACGUUGAGUCCAGCUUCUCAAGUAACUCUAUUUGCCGCAGAUGAAGACGAGGACGUGAUACGGCCUUCCCAAUGCAACCAAAUGCCGCUAGGAGGUUCACAACAAAGUUCGGGGUCAGAUGAUGAUUUUGCCACUCUCUGCGAAGCCGGGCUGGAGGUCUGGGCUCCUCCAGGUUAUUCGGAACGUCACAGCCACGAAGCUAGUACCAUCGCUCGGCCCGAUGCUGUCUACGUCGACCGAGACUUGCUGCUAGACUGGUGCGACGACGGGGAUAUGGACUCGGAUGAUCUCAUGGUGCCAUCACAGCCUAAUCAUGACGCUUGGCUCUCGACGGGUCGAUUUGACUGCCGUGCCUUGGAAGCUAUGGAUCUAAAUGAAGACGACUGCCUGCUCGAUGGCAGCUACGACGACAUCCAUUUUGACGAAUCCACGGAGACGGCUUCCGGCAACGUCUAG